ACGCGAAAACUACCACGAGCUACCUAACUAUGUGUAUACUUAGUUUCACGAAAGCAAUGUGGACGCCUAAACAUGCAUCUAUUCAAAAAAAGGAUCAACGCUAGAAUACGAAUUUCCAUAUCGAACCAAAAAACCAUCAUUUUCUCAUCUUUGUGCGCUUCAGCUUUAUUACUCGUUCUGUUAUGCUUGAGCUUAAAGACUUCUCAACCCGAUCCUGCACAACUCACAUCAAAUCAAGUUGAACCAUUGGCUUACACAUGUUGCACACCAUUAAACAACUCAUUCCGUACAAACGUAUUUUUCGUGAAAACUCACAAAACAGGAGGCACAACGGUUGAAAAUGUCUUGAUACGAUUCGCUUUGAGGAAUUCGCUCGAUGUACUGAACAUUGCCUACAAUAUGUACUACAUGCCAUUAUCUGAUUUUUCCAUAUGGCCCAAUACGAAUACACCUAAUAACAAAUACCACGUGAUGGCGCAACACCUCAGGUACAGUUCCGUUUUGAAAUCGUAUCAGUAUCCAGAUACAUCAACAGUAACCAUUUUGCGACACCCGGUAACGCAUUUUAAAUCCAAAUACGAUUUUUUCCAAAUAUACUUAACAACGGGUAUGAGCUUACAACAGUUUUUAAACGCGCCGAUAAAGCCUCCAUUAUUACUCGGAGUUGAUAGUUUCAUGGCUUACAGAGGAUACAAUCAAAUGAGCGUCGAUUUGGGCUUCGACGCGAUCCAAAGUAAGAAUCAAACUGCGAUCGCCGAAUUUAUCGAAAAAAUAGACGAAGAAUUCGAUUUAGUCAUGAUAAUGGAGUAUAUGGACGCGUCGAUGGUACUACUCGCUAAUCUAAUGGGAUGGCCAUUGGAGAAUAUGGCUUAUUUGAAAAUGAACGCGAGACUGCCUGGAUCGGAUGAUUACCAAUUGACCUUACGUGAUGAAAUUACCAUCAUGGAUCUGAACGAAGUUGAUACACUGCUCUAUCAUCAUUUUAGGAAUAAAUUUCUGAAAUGUGUACGACAAUACGGUGAACAGAAGAUGAAAGAUCAAAUUCAACAAUUGAAAUCGAUUAAUGAGCAAUUUACGCAGAGAUGUGUGGCCGAAGACGUUAAGCAAGGGGUGUGGUACGGUGUUCCAAAAACAGUCGACUACACGCCUAAAAAUCAAUCGGACCUAGAAUGCGUUUACGCGGUUACUCCGCAGAAUACGUUGGAUUCUAUAGUUAGAGAUAUUCAAUUCAAGAGGUUUCAAGGUUAAAAAAGAAAUAAAAUGAAACAAACAAAUGAACGCAGAAUUAAAUAUUUUUGAGAAUUAGUAGCUAU